GGAAAAUCCAAAUUUUCACCUGGUCACACUGAUAUUUGUUGCUAAUUAUAAUUAGCAGAUCGCAGAUUUUUCCCGUGUCCGAAAUCGAAAGAUCCGCCAACAAAAGACGCGGAGCUGGCGACAUGGAAGCGGAGCAACUGAAGCGCCUGGAGGCCAAGGAGGCGGACCACAUCCCGGCCAUCCUCGACGAGUUCAACACCAAGAAUGCGGAUCUGCUGGUCUUCGACAGCUUCCGCACGGACAACCAGUGGCACGAGCUGUGGCUGGCCAUCUUCGGGAUCCUGGAGGAGCAGCGGCUGAGCCACCUGCACACCCAGUGCCUGAACACAGUGCGGAUCCUGACGCGGGACGAGUUCAGCCUGCAGACGAACUAUAUUGAACAGGAGGUGAACACCCUGCUGAGGCUGGCCAGGAUAGAGGCCAGCUCCUUGAAGCUGCCGGCCACGCCGGACGAGCUGAAGCAGCAGGAGCGCGAGGAGCCGCAACUGGAGCCAAGCAAGGCCCAAUCGGAGGUUAUAGCCGAGGCUCUGAAGUGCCUCUGCAAUCUGGUCUACCAAAGCUCCGACUGCCGGCGCCAGUGCCUCAGGCAGCACUGUCUGGACGCCAUCCUCAAGCGUGUGGCCAGCUCAAUGCGGCAUCCCUGCGCCCUGGAAUACUAUGACAUGAAGCUGCUCUUCCUGCUCACUGCCCUGGAGCCGGCGGCACGCUCUCGCCUCCAGAUCGAUCUCAAUGGCCUCACCUACAUGACCAAGUGGCUGGACGACAAGCUGGGCGAGGAGGUCGCCGGCGAGGAGCAGCUGAACAUCAUCUGUGAGCUGCUUAAGGUGAUGUUCAAUGUGACAAGUGCUCCGGACAAGAGUCCCAACGAGUACGAGAUCCAGAGCUUGCAUUUGACGGGCGUGCUAAGGGAGCUGCUCCUCCGUUUCGGCGACAUGGCCACCGACAAGGAGCGAGCCGUGGUCACGCAUGCCAUUAAUCUGCUAACCAAUAUCUCGGGCAGCUGCCUCACCGAGCUCACCCUGCGCUGUUCGAAUGCGGAAGAGCAGUCACGGGAGCAGGAGAAGGAAACGCAGGCGGAGACGGAUAAGGAGACGGGUGCCCGGGCCAAGGCUCCCCAGUGCUGCUCGCAGUGCUACGAGAAACGGAAUGUCCGCAGUUUGGCCGUGCUGCUACGCUAUCUCCGCCAGUCGCUGGCCCAACAGGAGGCCGAGGCCAGUUCCCACGAGCUGCUGUCGCCGGUGCUCACGGUGCUGGUGAAGUGUGCCCGCAGCGAUCGUGUGAUGCGUCACUAUCUGCGACAGGAGAUCCUGCCGCCGCUGCGGGACGUGAGCCAGCGCCCGGAGAUUGGCCAAGAGUUGCGCAAUCAUCUGUGCCGCUUCCUCACACUGCCCGCCAUGAUCCUGCGCGAUCUAUCCGCCGAGCUGCUGUUUGUCCUCUGCAAGGAGGAUGUGGGCCGCAUGAUCAAGUAUACGGGUUACGGCAAUGCCGCCGGACUGUUUGCCAAGCGGGGCAUACUCGAUUGCCGGCGAGUGGAGGGCGCCGACUACUCGUCGGACAGCGAGGACAGCGACACCGAGGAGUACAAGCAACAGCAGCAGGGCAUCAAUCCAGUCCUGGGCUGUGUGGAGCCGCGCAGCAAGCCCAAUCCGCUGGACGAGAUGAGCGAGGAGCAGAAGGAGUACGAGGCCAUGCAGCUGGUCAAUCUCAUUGAGCAGUUGCGUCAGGGCGGCAUCGUUAAGCCGGCGCUGAUCGACAAGGAUGGGCGACCGCAGCCGCUGGAGCAUAUCCUUCAGCUGCAGGAGGAGCUGCCGCAGCAGCAGCUCGAUCAGAAGCGUAAGACCUAAGCUGAAGUUUGCUGGGGUGACAGAGGAUAUCUAGAGGGCCAUGCUAUGGCAACGCUUCCAAAACACAGAGCUACCAAAUAAUCAACGUAAGCAUUUAAUUCACAGCAAGGCCAUAGAUUUUGUAGCUUUAAAUGUGUUCCAAAACGGGGAACAGGGUCAAGACAGUUUGCUUUCAAUAACCUCGCAUUGUAUUGUAUCCUUUGAUCCUAUUCCAAAAGGGGAUAUAUAUUCUCGAGAUUGUUUCACAGCCACAGCA